AUGUCACAACAUCAAGAUACAUCUGCUUCUAAAAAUACUAAGUCUACUCAAAAGGUUAGUGCUCCUCCCAUGGGCAUCCCUGAUGAUGAGAUUCUGGAUGUUGCUCCACUCUCUGUUAUUCCCGGUGCAGACAUUAAUUUGAACCAACCCAUCUCCAUUGAUGCCUCCGCUGUUGCAUGCUCCAAUCAAGGUAACACCUCUAGUAUCCCUUCUGGUUCAACUCCUGCCGCUCACUCUAGGGAAGAUAAACACUACACUAAUCGUGUUAUAAAAGACCUAGUCACUAGAAUUCUUAAUGAAGGUCACUUUGUGAAGGGAGUUUCUACUCCCCUUUUUCAAAUGUACCCCUCUCCUGAGGUUGAACAACAUAGUGGUAAGGAUGACAAUUCCUCCAGUUCUGAGAAGGACUUGGUUGUUGAAGGGUUGUGCUCUCUAGGGAAAACCGUGUCUAAAAAAGGAAAAUUUGUGGCAUCUAGAACUGCCAAUGCUUCCCACUCUGAGAAGCAUGAUGAUGAAAAUGAUGUGAUUGAUCUAGAGGAUGGUAGCUCUGAUGAUCAAGAGGAAAGCUUACUUCAUCACCUUAAGCCAAGUGUGGCUAAACGCAUGAAGACUCGCAAAGGAAGAUCUGUGGCUGAACUUAUGUCAGCUAGAAAAGCUAAGAAGAUUGCUGGUAUUGGUCCCUCCAAACCAUGGAGCAAGGUUGAAGUAAAGAAGAGGAAGGUCAGAGGUGAUUCUGAGUCUGAAGAGGAUGUUGAGGAAGAUGUCCCUGACAUCUCGCCUGUGAAGAAAACCAUUGUUAGGAAGUCUCCUGGCAAAGUCCCUGCUGUUCAUUUGGAUAACAUCUCCUUUCAUCUUGAGGAUGGAGCUGCGAAGUGGAAGUUUGUGAUUCAGAGAAGGGUAGUUGUGGAAAGGGAGUUGGGAAAAGAAGCUGUUGAUGUCAAGGAGGUCAUGGACCUGAUAAAAGUUGUUGGGCUGUUGAAGACUGUUGCUGGGUUCUCUCAAUGCUAUGAAGGUUUAGUGAAGGAGUUUAUUGUUAACAUUCCUGAGGACAUUUCUGACAAGAAUAGCAAGGAAUUCUGCAAGGUGUAUGUGAGGGGUAAGUGUAUAUCAUUUUCUCCUACUGUUAUUAAUAAUUUUCUAUGCAAAGAUAAUGAGGGUGCAAGAGAACUAGAAGUUACAGACAAUCGGGUCUGUAGGGAGAUCACAGCUAGGCAGGUGAACGUUUGGCCUGUUAAAAAGAAUCUUCCUGCUGGGAAGUUGACUGUCAAGUAUGCUAUCUUGCACAAAAUAGGAGUUAUUAAUUGGGUCCCUACCAACCAUAUCUCCACCAUUGCCAACACCCUUGGAAGGUUUAUUUUUGUUGUUGGAACAAAAGUGAAAUUUGACUAUGGCAGUCAUGUCGAGGAUAUUGUCCUAACAUCUGCCAUGAAGAGGCCAGGCUCAAAAGCUGGAACUAUUGCUGAGCUUAAGGAGACAUGCAAAGAUCUAGGUGAAGGGAUAAGGGUAGCCACAACUAGAAAACAAUCGUUGGAAGCCUUGAUUGCAAGCUUGGAGCAGGCUAAGGGUGAAAAUAUUGAGCAUGCUGAUGUCAGCCAUGAAGAAGAAGCUGAAGCCCACACCUCUAGUGAGAGGUCUGCUAACCAUGAUGGUGCAAGUGUCAAUUUUGUUUCUGGUGCUGAUGAAGCUGCUAGCUCAAGCUCUACUGAGUAG